UUUUCCUUUCUAGGAUGUGGGAUUGGGGAUAAUUUGUGAGGGGAUGGUAGAAAUUGUGGGUACCAUCAGAUGCGGGCAAGCCUGCCUAGAUACACACAUACCCAAGAACUCGGGCAACUUCACAGUCCCCUAUACUUUAUGACACACGCACACGUGACAGUCUCUAAGGAUGUCCACUGAGUCAGCUUGGCUGAGGCCUGCACAGGGCAUCACUUCCCUGUCCUCACCAGUGGAGGUGACCUGCAGGACUUUGCACUGGUCUUUUAGGCGCGCAAGCUCAGAACCGGCGGGUGGCCGGGGCUCCCAGCACAGGCCUGGAACCGGCGGGUGGCCGGGGCUCCUAGCAACCGGCUGCCAGCCCGGACCCGGGGAGAGAGGAGGUCGCAAUGGACGAGCCAGCCAUCGGCAUCAACCCCUCCGCAGUACCAAGAGAAGACCUGGGGCGUGGAGAGCCGCUCGCCUCGACCUCGACACAGAUCCGGAAGAGUUCAACUCUUGAUAGAGAAGGAUGGUGGAGGGUAACAUUAACGAAUACUCCAAUACCUGGCACUUACCACAUCAAGACUUUUCUUGAAGAGUCCCUAUUAAACCCAGUGAAAGCAACCUACAACUUUAAAAACGAAGGAAGGAAAAGGAUACCGCUUGUGCAGAGAAACGAUCCAGUCCCAACCGACCUCCCGCAUUACAAGCCUCCCGACUUCUUGGAGCUGUUGAAGAAGCAGAUGGCCUCCUACUCGUUCAAAGACCGCCCCCGGCCAAACCCCACCACCCUGGUUGACAAAGACGAGUCACUCCAGCUUUGCCCAGGACAGUACGAGAUACUCCCUGCACCUGUUCCCAAGGCUGCUUCCAGGAGCUUCGUAUUUCGUUCUGCGGUUCAAAGAUUCCCACCGAACUAUUUCACACCUCACGAAGGCCCUGGACCAGGUGAAUAUAACUUAAAAGCACCCUCAGUGGGCUGCAUCACUUCUUGUUUUCGAUCUAAGGUUCCCCGAUUCUUGCCUGUCGGCUCAAAAACACCGGGUCCAGGAGCAUACACAGCUUCAAGACAAUUCCCUAAGCAGUCCCCAACCAUUGCCAAAAUGGGUAGAGAACACAGCCUUUUCUUCAAUAACACAAUUGGCUUUUAAAAUAAAAGAAUAUUGGUGCCAUGCUA